CCAUCAUCAAUCCGAAAAAAACAGAGUUCCUCUGGAAUUCCGUAUAAACCCUAAUUUCUGCAGCCGAGGGCUGAGAUCACCGUACCCGAACAAGACGAAGAGGAGGAGGUAGAGGAAUCAACACCGCAUCAAGAGGGAUAAUUUUUUUUUGGUAUAAAGUCUUGCGUUGAAUAUGGGGAAGAAGAAGAAGAAAGUGUCGUCAAAGGUGUGGUGCUACUAUUGCGACCGAGAGUUCGACGACGAGAAGAUUCUUGUGCAGCACCAGAAGGCGAAGCACUUCAAGUGUCACGUCUGUCACAAGAAGCUCUCCACAGCUGGUGGUAUGGUCAUCCAUGUCCUCCAGGUGCACAAGGAGAACGUCACCAAGGUGCCAAAUGCAAAACAAGGCCGAGAAUCAACUGAUAUUGAAAUCUAUGGAAUGCAAGGAAUCCCUCCUGAUGUAUUGGCUGCUCACUAUGGAGAAGAAGAGGAAGAGACCCCAUCAAAAGCAGCCAAAGUGGAUGUUACAUCUACUCCGCUUGUUGGUGGUAUGGUACCACGACCUCUUGGUGUUGGAUAUCCUCCUCAAUCAAGUUUAGCUUCAGUCCCUCCCAUAUACAAUCCUGCUGUGCCAGUUCCACCAGCUGGUUGGCCAGUACCUCCUCGUCCUCAGCCGUGGUUUCCACAGCAUCCAGCAGUCUCAGUUCCUCCUGCACCUAUAGGAUAUGCACAGCAGCCGUUAUUUCCUGUUCAAAGUGUCAGGCCUCCUAUGCCAGUGUCAUCAACAACAUCCCCUGCACUGCAACCUUCACAAAUUGCUCCUCCUGGAUUGCCUGCAUCAACCCCUCCUGGUUCUGUACCUCAGCCUCUAUUCCCUGUUGUCAGUAACAAUGUACCAACCCAUAGCUUGCCAUUCUCUGCUCCGUUUCCAACAAGUAUUCCACCAAGCUCCUCUGCAGAAGUUAAAAGCACGAGUGAUGCACAGUCAGGUGUUAAUGCAGCUAUGACAAGUACCUAUCAAGCCGCAACCACUCCUGGUGGAGUAGUAGCUAAUUCACAUUCUUAUGCCUCUGGUCCAAAUACUGGUGGUCCAUCAAUUGGGCCACCUCCUGUAAUUGCAAACAAAGCUCCAACUACCCAGCCAGCAGUCAAUGAGGUCUAUUUAGUUUGGGAUGAUGAGGCAAUGUCCAUGGUUAGUUCCCCCACCCCCCACCCCUUAAAUUUUGGCAGUUGCAUUUGCUCCCCAGUUCUGACAAGGAAGAGAGAAGAAUGUGCUUUCCAAAGUAUCAGGUGCAUGAUGAAACUAGCCAGGUAAGUCAUAACUACCCC